ACCAAAGUCGAAAUCAUCAAGGCUGAGCUUGAGGAAAAGCAGUUCAAGGUCAAACUUACUGUCAUAGACACCCCCGCGUUUGGUGACUAUGUCAACAACUGCGAUUCACCAAAGUCGAAAUCAUCAAGGGCUGAGCUUGAGGAAAAGCAGUUCAAGGUCAAACUUACUGUCAUAGACACCCCCGCGUUUGGUGACUAUGUCGACAACUGCGAUUCACCGAAGUCGAAAUCAUCAAGGCUGAGCUUGAGGAAAAGCAACACCCCCGGGUUUGCGAUUGACCUCAUCUCGAUGACGAAGGAGUUGCACUACAAGAACUACAGGCAGCAACAGAUGGAGAUGAGGAAUGCUCGCUACUUAUCUCUAUGCACAUGCUCGACCUCAUCUCGACAACGAAGGAGUUGCACUAUGAGAACUACAGGCAGCAACAGAUGGAGACGAGGAAUGCUCGCUACUUAUCUCUAUGCACAUGCUCGACCUCAUCUCGAUGACGAAGGAGUUGCACUACGAGAACUACAGGCAGCAACAGAUGGAGACGAGGAACACUCUCUACCUAUCUCUAUGCACAUGCUCGACCUCAUCUCGAUGACGAAGGAGUUGCACUACGAGAACUACAGGCAGCAACAAAUGGAGACGAGGAAGUUUGGGGAGCCC